AUGUCCGAGAAGAAAGCCCAAGCGAAUGGCUCGACACAUCAUAAGCACGACGACGGUUCUUCAUCACGCGCCUUCACCGUCGAGCAGAAGGCGGCCGUCGUAAGGGUGCGCAAGUGCAAACCUACCGCGUUCUACGACAUCUUGGGUCUGGAGGAAGUGAGGGCGACGUGUAGCGACGUGGAGAUCAAGAAGGCCUACAGAAAGCUGAGCCUGCUGACGCAUCCGGAUAAGAAUGGAUAUCCGGGUGCUGAUGAGGCCUUCAAAAGUAAGGAUACCUGUACAAGAGCGAGGAAACUGUGGAAUGGCCAUACUGACAUGUCGUGAUCAACAGUGAUCGCACACGCCUUUCAGAUCCUGAGCGAUGGCGACAAAAAGGCCAAGUACGACAAGUUCGGCGGCGACCCCGAUAACCGCUUCGCUUCUGCCUCAGCGUCAGGCGCCUCUCCCUUCUCCGGUUUUGCAUCGCAAAGAGGCCCAGGUGGACGUGCGGGGCCCAUGUUCGAGGACGAGAUAUCACCCGAAGAGCUCUUCCGACAAUUCUUCGGCGGUGGAAGGGGUGGCCCGUUUGGCGGCGGCAUGGGAGGUUUCGGCGGGCCUGGAUUCGUCUUCAACAUGGGCGGAGGGCCGGGAAUACGGGUACAGCAAUUCGGAGGCGAUCGACCACGGAGAAGACCACACAACCACGAGAAUGCGCAACCGGCUUCCUUCCUGCAGGCGAUACAAGGCAUCCUACCGCUACUGCUGUUGUUCCUACUACCCCUACUAUCUUCCAUCUUCUCCGGAUCAUCGGGCUCGACUGGUCCCUCGAUGCGUUUCGAUGCGGCUGUACCUCCUCACACGCAACAACACACCUCGAAUCGCCUGCAUAUACCCUACUGGGUCAACCCCCUCGACGUGAAGGACUAUUCGAAAUCACAAUGGAAACAGCUGGAUAAAAUGGCCGAGGGCAAACGCGUGGGACAAUUAUCCGGCGAGUGUGAAUGGGAACAGUCGCAAAGACAGCGGUUAGCGCAAGAGGCGCAGGGAUUCUUCUUUACCGACCAGGUGAAGCUGGAGCAGGCAAGGAGAAUGGAGAUGCCGAGUUGUCGAAAGCUGGAGACUUUGGGUUACAGGGUACCGUAUUGA